AUGGACUGUGUGAUAGCUUUGGCUGUGCUGCUGUGUGUGGCUACACAGGUGUUGUGCCAGCUGUGUGACAGGCCCUGCCUUUGCCCCGGUCCUGUCCCCCAGUGUCCCACAGGAGUCCCGUUGGUGCUGGAUGGCUGCCGAUGCUGCCAGGUGUGUGCCCGGCAACGAGGCGAACCCUGCACCGAGAUGUUUCCCUGCGACAGCCAGAGAGGACUGCAGUGUGACUACAGUGCCAGCUUCCCUGGGAACCCUGGGGAGUGUGUCGGUCAGGAGGAUCUGGGCUGUGAGGUCAACGGCAUCACUUACCAGGAGGGCCAGUCCUUUCAACCCUCCUGUGACACCUACUGCCACUGUAGAGGUGGAGGGGUGGUAUGUGUGCCAGCUUGUCCCCUGACCGGCCGUCUCCCCACCCCGGAUUGUCCUAAUCCACAAUUUGUCCGGCUACCGGGGAAGUGCUGCAAGGAAUGGGUGUGUGAAAACCUUGAGAACACAGUCAUUCAAGAUGCCAUCACAGCCAUGAGACCCAGCAGGCUGUGGCCAAGUCUCCCAAGGGAUCACCAUCUAAACAAACUGGUCCCACAUACUCCCACCUGUAUAGAGCAAAGCACCAAGUGGAGUGCCUGUUCCCAGAGUUGUGGGGCUGGGGUCUCCACACGGGUUUCUAAUCAGAAUCCAGCCUGCAAGCUGCAAAUGGAGACUCGACUUUGCAAAGUGAGGCCUUGCCAUAAAGUCCUGCCUGGUCCGAGGAAACCCAUGUGGGGACAGCAGGGACAGUGCAAGGCCAGCUACGCGUCACCGGGGCCCAUUCGGCUCGUUCACCAGGGCUGCUACAGCACUCGUACCUACCAGCUCCGGUACUGUGGACAGUGUACCAACUCCCGCUGCUGCAUGCCUUACCACACCACCACUGCUGAGGUGACCUUCCGCUGCCCGACCGGCAGACUGCUACAGCGAGCUGUGAUGAUGAUCCACUCGUGUGUCUGCAAUAACAACUGCCCCUACGCACCGUACACUAACCCUGCUCUUUGGGGAUACCGGCCUUGAUUCACUGAUAACAUGUCAGACUUCACUGACUGAUUCUUCAUCUCUGAAACUUGCCACACAUGUGGAACGGACAUUGAGAGAAACUUGAUGUAUCACCAGGUGGAUCCAAAUAGGCAUUCUCAAUGGACUUUGAAAGAGAAAAUGACAUUGUAGAUUUAAAAAAAAAAACUGUGAUUGAGUGUGUGGGGUGAAUCUUGAUCUUCACACACAUCCUCUGUCUGCACUUAUUCACAACUCCAGCACCUUGGAAAGCCAAUAUACUGGUGUUUUGAGCUUAUCCAAGAUGCAAAUGAUACAAAUCAAACUUUACUACAUAGCACUUUUCAAAACAGAAGUUGCAAAGUGCUUUACAGCAAGAAGAAAAGGGAAAUAGGAAGAUAGGGGAGA